AUCUUCCCGCCAUCUCUGGGUGGAGUUCUCAAGUUGAAGAUAGAGAAACCCUAGAGUGAGAGAGAUGGCGUUACUGUAGCGACAUGGAGGACGAAAUCAAAGCAGAAUUCCAAAGGAACAAUUUCGAUUUCGAAGAGGAGGAAGAAGUCCUCAAGAAAUGCCUUACUUUCUGUGUAAAUUACGGCUUAAAGCCCUCUGAUCUCGUCUCAAGCUGGGAGGUUUAUUAUCUUAACCGGCAAUUGGAUGGAUCCACGGUUAAUAAUGCUGAAAUGGAUGGUUUCAUGCUGCAUUUGCAAAAUGAGCAGAAAGAAGCUGUCAUUAAAGAGGAACCCAGUUUGCAUAUCUACUCAAGUAAAGAUGUGGACAUGAUUUUGAAUGAUGACGAUGAGCAUAUAACAGAAGAUAUUUUGGGAACUCCUACAGAAAAGUCUUACAAGUUCUAUUCAGAACCAUUAGAUUCAACACAUAAAGCUAAUGGGAGAGGUUAUUCUUCUGGGAAACCGUCAAAACAUGUGACACCCUUUGGGCAACGGACAGAUAAAUUUGUGGUUAAAUUCAACAUCAAUAAUCUGCCCGAUACAGAGAAUAGAAGUAUUGAAAAUGAUCAUGAGAACACUGAGGAUGACAUCAUUAAAAGGGUUCGACCCCACAAGCAAUGUUCCUUGAUCAUUCAAGGAUCAGGACCAGAACCAGGCUGCAGGUUCAUGUAUGAUAGAAUUGAAGACAGGUUUAAUGCUCUUGAAAAUCGCAUUAGAAAGCAUUCAAAUGCACUUGUUGCCUCUGGCUUGUAUGAGGAACCAACAGACCCAACAGUUGCUUCACAGAGAGGAGUAUUUGCUGUUGGAAUGAUCUGUUGUGAUGGGGAGGGUCAGUUGAAUGACAAGUCCGUCUUGCUACAAAGCAGUGUUGAACACUCUGGAGGACAGCGCAUUCGUCUAGACUUACAUAAAUUGGGUCAGUUUUCCCUCUUCCCUGGCCAGGUUGUAGGCGUUGAGGGGCAUAACCCAAGUGGACACUGUUUUAUUGCAUCCAAACUGGUAGAUUCUAUUCCUUUUCCUGCUGCUGUGGAUGUCAGUUUGCAUCCAGCAAAGAAGCAAGCUUUAGAUGAGGAGAUACAAUCAACUGAUUUGACCUUGGAGGCGAAAGAAAUAUCAAUGAUCAUUGCAUCAGGCCCUUUUACCACAACAGACAACCUUUUUUUCGAACCUCUGAAGGAACUGCUGGCAUAUGCAAGAAGAAAGCAACCACAGCUGCUUAUGCUGUUGGGCCCAUUUGUUGAUGCUGAGCAUUCACACAUUAAGAAAGGAACUAUAGACACGAGCUAUGAUGAAGUAUUUCACCUGGAAAUUCUCAGAAGGUUGCAAGAUUAUGUGGAGUAUAUGGGUUCUGAAGUACGCGUAAUUCUUGUGCCAUCUAUUCGGGAUUCUAAUCAUGACUUCGUUUUCCCUCAGCCUGCUUUUGAUAUUCAUCCACCUGAUCUCAAAUAUCAGAUAACCAGUAUUACAAAUCCAGGAAUGUUCGAAGCAAAUCAGGUCAAAGUAGGUUGUUGUACUGUGGAUAUCCUUAAACAGCUUAGUGGAGAGGAGAUGUCCAGAAUUCCCAAAGAUGGAACAAAUAGUGAUCGAAUGAGUAGGCUGGCAAACCAUGUUCUUAACCAGCGAAGCUUUUAUCCUUUAUAUCCACCGGCAGAAGGCAUUCCAUUGGAUUUUUCACUUGCUCCUGAAGCUCUUAAUGUCACUUCAAUUCCAGAAAUUAUUAUUCUACCUUCAGACAUGAAAUACUUUGUUAAGGUGUUGUCCCUUGGAGGAAAUGAAGGGGAAGAGCAAAAGAAGUGCAUCUGCAUAAAUCCAGGAAGACUGGCCAAGGGAGAAGGUGGAGGUACCUUUGCAGAGCUUAACUACCAUGGAAGUCCUGACAUGAUGAAUGCUUCAAUUAUUGGCAUAUAAUUAAUUGGCCCUAUUUCAAUACAUGCUUCUAUGUUUCAAACAAGGGUGGUGUGGGGCGUGCAGGUAGAAAUACACCAAACCAAACCAGAAUAUUGCCACAUUUUAAUCAUGAGAGGGGGACCUGUACUCAUGCUUCUGCUAACAUUUGAUUGAUUAUAAAUUAUACAGCAUAUUAUAAUUAUUUGAGCUA